AGCCGUUUUGGCAGGCAGGUGCAAGUCGCUUUCUUCUCCUCGCGGACCCGCGCCACGAGCUGCAAGCUGAAUUCGUUGGGAUCCGUGCCGACGUGGCAGCCCCUCGGCAUGACGCGCCGUAGGCAGCGCCGCGAGGGCGGCUCGGCGGGAGGCCACGGCGAGAGGGACAACGAGGCUCGCUCGGAGCGGAUUGUGGUCUUCGAGAAGACCAAGAUGUGCAAGUUCCACAUCAUGGGGAUCUGUACUAAGGGCGACGGUUGCCGCUUCGCGCACGAGAGAACGCAGCUGCAGACGCUGCCUGACCUGUCCUGCACGAAGCUGUGCAAGACGCUG